UUUAACGUUGUGACGGUGAGUAUAGCUGUGCUUGUUAGACCUUUUAAAAACACACAGCUCUUUUUCUGUUCCCCACGGAGCCACACAGCUAAAGGUGCACUUCAGCACAACUUUCGCUGUAGUCGACUUUUGCUUCCUGAAUAUCGGACCUCAUCCUGCUCUCUGUGUCUCUUUGCCUGAACGUACAACAGAUUGUACACAAUCAUCAUGGCGACCCAGGAUGGAAGUGAAGAAGUCAUAAUGGAAACUGACGCGAAGUCAAAAGAAGCGGAACCGCUGGGUGAAGAUGCGGAAAAGGCCGACGCAGAAACCACGUCUCACACAGACGCAGAAAACGCCACAACUCAGGACUCUAGUAUUAGCAACGGGGACGACGCCGACGCCGACGACAAGCGGGAGAUGGUGGACUUGAAGAUUAUCUGGAACAAGAAUAAAUACGAUCUGAAAAUUCCUGUCGAUAACACCGGAGCCAAACUAAAAGAGAGCAUCCACUCUCUCACUGGUCUUCCACCGGCAAUGCAGAAAGUGAUGUACAAAGGACUGCUUCCAGAGGACAAGACGCUACGUGAAAUAAAGAUUACAAAUGGUGCGAAAAUAAUGGUGGUAGGGUCUACAAUAAAUGAUGUAUUAGCUGUGAAUACACCCAAAGAGGUAAUUCAGCAGGAAGUUAAAGCCGAAGAAAACAAGAAAGAGCCUUUAUGCAGACAAAAGCAACACAGGAAAGUUUUGGACAAAGGUAAACCAGAUGACAUCAUGACCGCUGUUAAAGGAACAAAGGAACGAUUACCGACAGUGCCUUUAUCCGGAAUGUUUAACAAGUCCGGAGGAAAAGUUAGACUCACAUUCAAGCUGGAGCAGGAUCAGUUGUGGAUCGGAACAAAGGAGAGAACGGAGAAAGUCCCAAUGGGCUCCAUUAAAAACGUAGUGUCCGAACCCAUCGAAGACCAUGAGGACUAUCACAUGAUGGCUUUUCAGUUGGGUCCAACAGAAGCUUCUCAAUAUUGGGUCUACUGGGUGCCUGCACAGUUUGUCGAUGCAAUCAAAGACACAGUCCUUGGAAAAUGGCAGUAUUUCUAAUGUGCCUCUUUUUUUGACGUUGAACUGGGAUUGAGUGGAGAGCCAAUGAAAAAUGAAACUGGAGUCAACAGUGAGGCUUAAGGAACAUCUUGGAAUAUAUUGGAAGGAAACGGACAAAUGCCUGUGGACUAAUCAUAUUGUUUUUAGGUUAAAAGUGCACUAUGUGGCAGCAUAACAUUUCUCAGCCCUGUUGAUCAUUCAAGGUUUUCAGCAAAUCCAAGGGAAAAUGAUGAAACAAUUGUACAGAAAUUGCUAACACUUUUCUUCAGUUAUUCUUAAAGAAAUAAAACUUAUUUAAUGAAAUGAAUGCACUAGGGCAUUGUUGUUUGUAUCCAUAUAAACUUUGUCUACACUUAUGUUUGAUUCACUUUGUGUGGAACCAAAGUUUUACACAUUUGGACAAAGCAGGUCUUCCCAGUUUCUCUUUGCUAAACCGCCCAAACUCUGGCUAGUUUACUUUCAGGUCUUGCCACAAAGUGUGAAUUAGAUUGAAAUUUGGCUCCCAGGACGUUAACGUCUGUCUUUUACAGGGUCAUCUCUUGCUGAAAAAUUAGUUUUAAAAAAAGGAAAAAAAAGUAGUAGUUCCCUUGUAGGAUUUCUCUGUAUUUACCUUUACAAGCCUCCCAGGCCUGCUGUGAUGUGUAUGUUUGGCUUAUAUUAAACAUAGCUUUUAGUAUGAUGGCCAGGAUGCUUGAUCUUGGUCUCAGACGAUAGAACUAUCUUCUACUUUUCCCCCCAUGUAUCCCACAUGAAGUGCUUUAUUCAGCAGGAUGCCUCUGAAUGGAGGAAAUUAAACAAAACAUAUUAGACUAGUAUUCCAAACAGCCUUAUUUCACUUGUCAUUACUGGGGUGAGUAUGAAAAUGAUUUUCAUGAUUUGCAGAGUUAAUUGGUGGAUUAUUUUAAAACAGCAUGACAUUAAUUAGCAGCCUUGUAUCUUAAAACAAGAAGAUAUGGUUAAAGCAACUUCUGCUGAUUGUGUUUUUCUAAUUAGCUUCAUUUUGUUGUUAUUUUUCAUAACCGUAUUCUUCGAAUGGAAUUAACAGUAUUUCAACUUUAGUCAUCCCUAUAAUUUGCAGUUCACACCAGCAGUGAGAUUCAAGUUGCCAAAACUGAUGACAAAUAACACAAUGCAGUUAGAUAUGUUCCUAUUUCUCUAAACACAUGACAAAAAUGUUUUCCUGUACCAGAUGAAGUGUCCCCGGGGGAUAAUGUCAUGUGCAUUUUUUAGUCUCAUACCCAUUCUAAUAAAAACAAAUACAUUGAAGUGAGAAUCAACCAUGUAGUCAAAAUGUAAAGGCAUGGCUUUCAAAUCUUGUUCCCCUUUUAACUUUCAUGUCAUAAAUGUCAAAAGUUGAAAAAUUACCCGAGAGGACGGAACUGUAGAAAGUUUAAAAAAAAAAAAAAAAAA